CAGUUGGAUAGCAGACCUACAGUAACCACCACAGAUGGAAAUCAGAACCUCACAGAAGUAGAUGCACUUGAUAGAAGACAAACCUUUGAUCCUGCAGUGCAAUACAAAAUGAACCAUCAAAGAAGAGGAAUUGCAUUAAUCUUCAAUCAUGAGCACUUUUUUUGGCAUUUAAAGCUGACAGACAGACGUGGGACUCUUGCAGACAGAAACAACUUAAAACGCAGUUUGACAGACCUUGGGUUUGAAGUCAGGCAUUUUGAUGAUCUGAAAGCAGAAGAUGUGCUGCAGAAAAUUUCUGAAGCCUCCAAGGAUGACCACAGUAAUGCUGACUGUUUUGUUUGCGUGUUCCUGAGUCAUGGUGAGAAUGAUCAUGUUUAUGCAUACGAUACCUACAUCAAAAUUGAGACAAUCACAGACAUGUUCAGAGGAGACAAGUGCCAGAGUCUGGUAGGAAAACCAAAGAUAUUUAUCAUUCAGGCAUGUCGUGGUGAUAAACAUGAUGACCCAGUUAUUGUUCAGGAUUCACUAGAUGGUAGUGAUCAAUCCAUUGUCAAUGAGACUGAAGUGGAUGCAGCUGGUAUCUAUACACUGCCUGCUGGUGCUGACUUUAUCAUGUGCUACUCUGUGGCACAAGGUUACUUUUCUCAUCGUGAAACUGUAAAUGGCUCCUGGUACAUUCAAGAUUUGUGCGAGGCACUUAGGAAGCAUGGCUCCUCCUUGGAGUUCACAGAACUUCUUACUCUCGUUAACAGGAAAGUAUCUUAUCGCAAAGUGGAUAUGUGCAGAGAUAUUAAUGCUAUAGGAAAAAAACAGAUUCCUUGUUUUGCCUCAAUGUUAACUAAAAAAUUGUAUUUUCAUCCAAAAUCUAAGUAG